AUGGCAAGUCGCCUGAAGAAUGUCCCGAUGCUGACCUCACCAGAUCUAUAUUUUUUGAGCACCAAUCUAUGGCGAAGUUUCUUGAGCAAAUUGUGCUUCAUCCGACUACCAGAUCCCUCUGUCAUAUUGCACUUGUUCACUUUGUUGGCCUCAUCGCUCUUGAUCGGACUUAAUCUUUCGCAAUUCUACAUCGGCAAAGAGCUUCAGGGCAAUAUCAAUCAGGAUGGCACGAAGAUGUUGGCAUUGCAAAUCACGGCAAAAGUCCACGAGCUGCUCAUGCUUGCUUCUCUCGGCAAUAUCCUCUGGUCAUUUGUGCUGGACCACCUUGUCGCGUCCUCUGGCCUUCCACUUUGCACUCUCUCGGCCGGAGAUCGGUUCGGCGACAUCUCCUAUCUAUGGUCCCUCGAGUUCCGGACAGCCCUGCGAGCCCCUUUCCGGGGUAAAAGCGUCUUUCUUUUUCUAGCCAUUGUUUUCACAGUCCUGGGUAUCAUCGUGGGACCUGCAUCGGCAACGGCAAUGGCUCCCAACCUUCAGGACUGGCCCGCUGGACAGAUAACCGUCCCGCUGAACGUUUCCAGUGAUAGACUGUUCCCAUUGGUUCUCGAUCAAAACUCAAUGCCGAACAUGCAGUGCACGCAGCUGUGGUUGGAUUGCACACCCAACAGGACAUGGUCCUCGUUGACCACAAACCUCUUCUCCUUCUGGGGUCAGGUGGAUUUUGGGAAUUACCAGGGUAUGCCUGAGCUGGUCGGUCUGCCUGCCAGUCGCACAGCUCGAACAUUACGCACACGAUUUCGGGGACCGUUCAACCUAUUCCAGCCACAGUAUACUUCAGUCACAGUCCAGCCAGUCUGGGCAGCUAACAAAGUGAACGGCAUCCGACUACUAUGGUUUGCCAAUAAUCAUGUGGAAUGCCAUCGAGGACAUGGGUUCUGCAUCUACAAAGACAUUACAUGGGCGAUUCCGGUUCUUCAGCCCGUUGUGCGAACCUCGUGCGAACUUGUUCAGAACAUUGACGAGGUUCAUUUUCCAAGUAUGGCCGAGAACCUCAAUGUACAAGCAGGAGAUAAUCAAGGGGGAAUUUCUCCUGGUCCGCUCUCGCCGCAGCAUUUUCAACUGGUUGAAGUCGGUAACCAUCCAGCCAGCCAAAUAUCUGCCGGAGCCCUUCUACAACUAUCUAAGCCCGAAAAUGGCACCGACCCAGUCGUGUAUGCAUGCAGCAUCCAGGCUGAUUGGGCGAGAUCAAGUGUUGCCACUACCUUUUUAGGCUCGCCAUUCGUGGUCGAUGGCUACCCUGCCUCGUUUUUCGAGCCAAACGCAGAAGGUAGCACCUAUUCUGGCACCCGGAUCAAAAUCGAUCCAUCGUGGAGUUCAGCAUUGAAUCCAGUGGUUGACGGCGUCGAGAAUCAAACCGUUUUCGACAUGUUCUACUCGGCUGGGUCUGUGCCGGCUACAAGGGAGCACACGCAAGCGAAGAUUGAGGCGAUUCUGGCUGUGCUUGUGGCUGAAGGCAUGGCUUGGAUUGGGUCAGAAGCAGAUAUCGGCACUGGGAUUCCCGAGCAGAACCUGGCUUCGAUGUCGUGGGGUAACCUUUCUAAGCUCGAGUCUGUCCCCGACGCGCACAAGUUCGCCUUUGUCACGUCCAUUCUCGGCUAUGGCUAUGGAUUGCGCUCUGCUGAGGCCCUCUCGAUCGGUCGUUUGUUGUCUUUACUGUCUCUGGGCCUGUAUUGCGCAGUCGUCUCAACAUAUUUGAUCGUGGAGUUAGCAAGGACAAGGCAAAGCACACGGCUCUGGGACGGUAUGCUUCAGAUGGUGUCGCUUGCGUUGCGGAGUUCAACCGCUCAGCCCAACCUGGCGAGAGCAGGAGAUUUGAAGGGAAGAUCCCUCUUAAGAAGAACUGUGAGGAUAAUUGUGCACAACGGCUAUGCUGGAAUGGUGGUGGAGGAAAAUCAAGGACCGGGGGAAAUGCGCAAAUGA